AUGCACCACACACCCAAUGCCAUCGUGGCUCUGGCUUACGCCACAACCCUCAUCUUCACCCGCUCCGCCCUCGCCAUCCCAGCCCCAGUGCCCGGCCCAGACGGCUUCCCCCCGGGCCUCCCCACCUGCGCGCAACCAUGCCUCCUCACGGCAAUCGGAAACUCCAGCUGCCAAACCUCCGAUGUCCAAUGCAUCUGCUCCAACCCCAGCAUCAGCCAAGCACUAGCCCAAGCCGUGCAGACCGAGUGCAGCGCCGCAGACCAAGCAGCGUUUGCCGCUUUUGCCGCGAGUUAUUGCAGUACUUCCAGCGCCGUGUCCCCGGCGGCGUACGCAUCGAGCACCCCGACCGAAACACCAGCGAGUAACACCGACAGCGCCACCGUCAUAAUUCAAGCAUCGAUAACCACCCCACCGACCUCAGCCUCUGCUGCCGACUUACCAACUGAUGUCACGGCCCCAGCCACCAUGUCCACUCCGACUGCAAGCUUGUUACUAGACACCUCGUCGCCCGAGAUUCAUUCGACAAUGUUUGUCACUACGCAGAUGACUUCGACGGUCUAUGCGAAUCAUACUGCUAUUGCUACGAGGAGUAACAGUACUUACCAUUCUGCCAACACCUCUGCGGUACACACUAGUGCGCCGAUUAGUGGAGCGGUUGUUGGUUCGCAUAUCGGCAUGAGCGUGGCGGCUUUGGCGAUGGCGGUGGAGUUUAUGGGGUUUAUUUUCUCGGAGCUUUGA